CAUUCGUAUUGCGACUGUCGUCCAGACCGGACCUGUUUUCCCGUACCCGAGCCGUGCCGUGUUCCGUGUUCCGUGUUGUGCCUGUAUCGGACUUGAAGGCCUCCUUCAUUUUCCCGAGUUUCGCUGCAGCUUUUCGGUGAAAACGAAAGACGCGGUGUUGUGUUUGGUGCUAUACGACCGGGAGAUGAGUGCUGGAACUAAGGGAGGAGAGUGAGAAGAAAAUCGUGCUUAAAUGGGUUUGGAGCCUGACCGUUUUGGGCCAAGAAUUUGAUUGUUGAGCCAAUUAAUGCUGGCUGUCAGGCUAGAGCAAGGAGGGAGGAUAAUUGGGCCGGUGAUUGGACGCGAUUGGAGUCUGCGUCGGAGUGUUGUGCGUGUGCUUCAACAAAGUGUCCAUUCAUUGCGGGAGUGGUUUUGACCUAAAUUGUGUCCCACUGGAGUACCAAUGUGUAUUUGUUCGUGUCAAGAAAGAAAACAAAUUGCGUGAUUAAUGAUUUAUGAGCAUGAGAAGAGAAUGAAUCGUGCUUCUGUUUGAGGUGUUUUUGAAUAGUGCGUAGUGAGCAUCCAGUUAAAGAUGAACGACUGUGAAUCUCCGAUGGGACUUGCAUACGGCGGUAGAAAACUAUUCGCCGGAGGAUCCUUCUUGGUGAUUGUUUGCUUGGUGCUAACAGUUGCGGCUCCGGCCUCUGGCGGAACAAUCGAUGGAUUUCGCGCACAGAGAAAAGAAUCUAGCUGCUACUACAACGGAACUCACUUCAUGGAGGGUUCGAUCGUUCCCACGAAGGAGCCCUGCCUAAUGUGCAAGUGCCAGAGCAAGACGCUAAUCUGCGCGCUGAAGGUUUGUCCCGAGCAACCCAUCCCUCCACCACGCGGAUGCAUCCUUAUCCACAAGAGCGGUGCCUGUUGUCCUUAUCUGCAGUGCUCGAAGAUGCAUUUGGCUUCCAAAAACCCCGGCGACCGCAAGAAGGUUCACUUCCUGGAUUACUAUGAGAAGGCUGCCGAAGAGCGAUUGUCGGACCCCAAUUCCUAUCUGAGGAGAUCCGACGAUGAGGAUGUGGAGGAGAAUGGUGCUUGCAUUGUGAACGGGACGGUGUACAAAUCGGGAUCGGCCAUGAUCACUUCGUCGCAUUGUUCCUAUUGCUAUUGUAUCAACGGUCGGCAGAGAUGCGUUAAGCCGAAGUGUGCCCUGCCGAGUCCAAGGUGUGCGCCAGUUUUUACCAACUGGGCUUGCUGUCCGGUUCGGUAUGAUUGUAGCGGUAAGAUACCGACAAAGGAAAUAGCCACUAGUGUUCCGCAGAAUCUGGUGAGGCGGAUCAACAAUCGACACUACAUGAGGACGGUUGAGAGGAAGAGUACCAGGAAUGCUAGCUGCGUGAUUGAGGGUAAGACAUAUCCGGAGGGAGAACGAAUUGCUACGCCGGAGCCGUGUGAGGUGUGCUUCUGUAUACGAGGGGCGAAGAAGUGUACCCCGAAGAAAUGCGCACCACCCAUCAAGGGCUGUACGCCAAGAGUUCCCCGAGGGGAGUGUUGUGCGGUGCGGUACGAUUGUAAACACGGGGAUCAAAAAACUUUCGCCCGUAAAAUAGAGGACGAGGAAGAGUCGUUCGAUUUCUUCUCUAUUUUAUUCGGCCCAGAUCCGGAUGAGCCUAAGCCGGUGGCUAAAAACAUCACCGAGGUUGUGAUUACAGAAGCUCCACCGGUCAGUACUUCUUCAGAGAAAAGUUUCUUCGACUUCCUGAAAGCCGGUUUGGAGUAUAUCGACAAUAACUCUGAUGAUUUGUUGGAAACAACAUCCUCUUUAAAACUAGCUGGAACCACGACAGAAAUGAUUCCAACAACUGAAAUCAGCACUGAAAUUCAAACGGUUCGCGUUGAGAUUAUCCAGGAACCGCAAACAAUAUAUAUCGAGAAACCGGACUUCAAUUUCCCAUCACGAUCUACUUUGCCACCGGUUUUCAGGACGGUCACUAGUCCGAGGCUAACAAUAUCAACUAGUACGACUACUACGGCGAAGCCGACGACAACUACAGUCCAGUCAACGACUCUCGCUCCACCCACAUCAACCUCGACGAUAACCACGACGACUUCAACCUCCACUGCACAGCCAACAACAGAAUUAACAAGACUAGAGAAGGUUACAAGCCCAAGAACAACCACAUCAACCAGCACGACUACCACAGCGAAGCCGACGACAAUUACUGAUAAGUCAACGACUCCCUUAUCAACGACCUCGACUUCAACCAUCAUUGCAAAGUCAACGACAGAAUCAACAAGGCGAGAGACGGUUACAAGCCCAACAACAACCACACCAAGAAGUACAUCAACUACCGACAGUCCAACGUCAACUACAGUUAAGUUGACCACUCCUUCAUCAACAACCAAGUUGACAACGACAACUGAGUCAACCACCGUUAUACCAUCAACGAAACGAACGACGACGACUACUGAACCACUGACGACCACAACCACUACCAUGAAACCAACAACAACAACAACGAUCACGACCACUACACCUAAACCUUCGACGACUCCGUCAAUACCAGAUGCAGUCCAGACGAAAAAUCUAACAAUGCCGGUUGCAAUCGAUCUCACCAAAGCAGAGCCAGAGUUCCAGGAUUUGGAAUCGGAUUCACUGCUCAAGGAAAACAUAACUGAAAUUUCAAACUCUCUAGUCGAUCUGGAAACGCCGCAAAGCUCAACCGAACCAACCACGUUGAUGACCGAAACGAUUCCCGCAACCACAACGGAAGAACCCAAGAAAAAAACAACACCGGAGCCUAUCCUGCCGGAGAGUGGUUCCACCGCCACGCCGAUUGACGUUGUGAUCAAGAUUGACGACUGGAUCAACAAGGCUGCGGUGGAAUCGAUACUGAAUUCGUUGAAUGCGAAGAUUGAGAGUGUAGCGAAAACCGAGUUUCCCUCGGUCGUGACGACCCCGAUCGCUACGCAGCGGCCGAACGAUAAAUUCGUUGGCUAUGAUAUCGAGAAGCUGCCAACGACUGUGAUUUCGGCGACAACGUCUGCGGCGUCCAGUUCAACCACAGUGAGCACUACCACCGAGGAGGCUUCCACGGAGGGUCCUUCGGAAGAAAUGACAACGACGGAUGCAGAUUAUGGGGACACAUCCACUGUGGAUUACAGCAACGAUGAGUCUCUGGUGGAAGAUAUGAUCACUACAGAUGCAUCCGUUGAAGCUACCUCGACUGAGUCAGAGUCAGUGGAGAACGAAGAAGAGACUACCGUAGAUGAUUUUGAAGCCACAAGUACAAUAGCAACGACUACCUUCCUCGAUGAGGAUAAGAUGGAGCACAAAAGCGAGAGCGAUACCGAGCUACCUCCAAGAAGGAACACUGCGAAGACUACAACCGACACUCCGAUGUCGUCAACGACGCCGAAAGUUAAGAAAAAUGCCACUAAACCAUCACUGACCAAGGAAAAUAAUCUUCUGUCGGUCCUUCUAACGGAACUGUCCAAUAUCUUCGAGUCAACGAAGAAUGAUUCGGGCAAACAAAAUUCCAAAAAUCGAACCGAACCCCGCCCGGUGACACCGAAACCUAUUCCGAUAGGGGAAUUCCAUCGGCCCAGUAGCAUACCAUCGAUUCUCGAGGCGGACAUUAGUCUCGAUUACGGCGAUCCAACACUGCCACCAAGUCUACCCAAUCUGAAGAUAAUCCCAUUCUUGCCGGCUGAUGCCGUCAAGAAAAGCGAACCACCCAUCGCGCUGGCAGCGCCUUACGAUUUCUACAAACCUAACCCGACGAGUUAUCCGAUCAUAACGGAGAGUUACGAGCCGUACGGAGUUCUCGGUGAGCACGACAUUCAUCCCGGGAUGCCGUUCAAACCUCCGAAGUACGACUACAGCUACGACUCGUCGUUAAGUUACCCGGCGCUGACGGAGAACUACGACGUGGACGCAAAGAACAACCAGUACAACGCGAAGAUCAUUCGCGAUAAGUACGACACGAUCAACGAUUCGGACUACGAUUACGAUACAGAUACACUUGCCAAGUAUGACAUCCAUUCGAAGCAGGAACUGUUCAAGAACGAACUGAAGAAGUUCAUUCCGACCACUUACGAAGCACCGAAGGAGGGAAUUUACGUUCCCGUGUACGAUAAAUAUGGCGUCGGUUACCCCGAGAAGAAUGUGUACUACCCGAAUCAUAAAGACAAAUACGAACCGGUGGUGUUUAAGACUAAGCUUGAGAUAACCUCGGAGCAUCCGUUGUAUCGAUUGGAGGAGAAACCAGCUGUCAGCAGUGGAUUUUCCCCGCCGACUAAAACCGAGGGUGGAUUCGUACCGAAGGAUCACAACAAGGAUGACUACUACUACGAGCAGUACAUGACAACUGCCUUCCCGAUUGAGCUAACGACGGAAGAUCACUCAGCCCACCUGUCGUUUAACGGCACCGCCGAUGCGCUUGGAGGUGAGACCCCCGAGUUGAUCCCGUUCAAACGGAUCAAACCAGAGGCCCUCAAGUUCCAGCCUCUGAUCAGCUCCGCAAAUCCAUUCAUCGACGUCAUCCGAACGGAGCCAGCACCACCUCUAAUCAGUCUGAUCGAAGAUAAGGAAAAACUCUUCUCCGUGUAUCACUCGGUGGCGAAAAACAACUACUCCUCGCUGGACGAUCUUCUAGACAACGACAACAUUGACAGUGCGGAGUACGACAAGCAGAUCAUCUCAAUCACAACGGACGCAAACUAUCUGUCCGUGGAUGAGAAUUCAGUGGACGCGGAUGUCGAUCACGCUCCCACCCAGAACGACGUCCCGGUGAAGGGCUUCACAAUGCCUCCACCGGAGCUGGAUUCGGCUGAGUACAUCAAGAACACCUCCGAGCCGGAACCGAGCGGAAUGUUCAGCUUGGAAAACGUUCUAAGCUACCUCUUCCGCGAUGAAGAUCCGACUCACGGCAGUGGGACGAAAAACACCACCAGCUCAUCACCCGCCUUCCUGGAUGGGGUACCGCCCUUCAGAACACUCCCAUCUCGCCGCAUCGGCAGCGUGUACGACUCAUCAUCGACGAGCAUCGAAGCCUCCCUGGGCGAAGUGGAGCUACCCUCCGACGAGGAGGAACAGCACGAGGGAACGGUCACGCUCAAAGUUGAAAGCGCCAAGAAUGACACCAAGGACCUGUACCGACCCUCGCUGAUGGAUCUGCCGUUCCUGAGUCCGAAUUUCCACACCGGUGGCGGUGGCAGCUUGGAUGCGGGAACGGACACUAAAAACGACAUCGACCGAUUUGGGUUCGAUCCGGAUGUGGAACACUACCAGGUGAUAUCGGACGGGCCACCGAACACCAUACCCAACACGGACACAUACGUGGUGAACCCGGUGGACAUCAAUAAGCUCAAGCAGCACCACUCCGAGGGGACGGCGGAGAUCACCAUGAAGUCGAAGGUGUAUAGCCUUAAAGACACUGUUGGAAUAUUGAAGCUGGCAGGCUGCAAUAUCUAUGGGCGAAUGUAUCGGGUCGGCCGGAUAAUUUCCGAACUGUCCGGUCCGUGUUUGGAGUGCAAAUGUACCGAGGUGGGAGUACACUGUACGCCACUGCACUGUUGAGAGUAAUGAGUACGGAUGUUUCGAAGCGAAGCGUGAAUUUGUAUGUGUGUUCGUGAGUAUAAGCGUGUGUAUGAGUUGUCGUGAUCUUCGUGAUAUUAUUGUAAUAGUUCUAAGAGAUUAUGUAGGUCUUAUUUUACUACUGCUGAGCGAAUGUGACAUUGUAACCGUACUUAAUUUAUGAUUGAGCCGCACACUAAUUUAUCCAAUAAGUUUAGGGGUUAAGAAGUGAUUGAUUCCUACUGAAUCUCGCUAGGCUGGAGGUUAUUUAUUAACAUUUAUGAAUACAGUUUAAAAGACUCUUGGAGAGUCGAUGGUUAGGCUCUAGACCUGUUGAUGUGUCCCAGUUAUAAAGGUAGAUAUGUUUGAAAUAAUCUGUAAUGUGUCGACAUGUAUUCUUGUAUGAGAAAUUUCAUUUUAAACGAAAAUCUGCUGAUGUUUGAAAUAAAUCCA